AAAGAUUUUGUUAAUGGCGCUUUUAUUUUGAAGAAAUCAAACGAGCCACAGGAAGUAUCAGUGUUACCUCAGCCUGAACUCACCUUCAGUGAACCAGACUGUUGCUGUUACAGGGGUCUGCAGACACAGAACAGGUGUGAGAGAUGUCCGUCACUGUUGUUAAAGACAAGAGGGUGACUGUGGUCACUGUGGCGGCUGACGAGAAGACCAUUUUACCGCCGCUGUGUCAGAUCCUCAAGACUCUCUGCUACAGUCCGAUAUGCUGCUCAGUGCACAAGGGGCUGAUGCAGACCAGUGUGGCAGCAGCUCUCGGGACCAUACAGAUCAUGGUGGGGCUGUUCAACAUCGGACUCGGGCCAGGACAAACAAUCUUGCAUUUUGAGGAUUUGACCAACUUGGCUGCUGCGUACUGGCUGGGUGGUGUGUUCAUCAUAGUUGGAAUCAUGACCAUUGUUGCUGGGCAGUUCUCCUCUCUUUUCUUGGUGGGCUUUGCUGUGUUGCUGAACAUUGUCGGAUCUGUCUUCGCCAUCAUUGCCAUUGUGCUGUAUGCCAGAGACAUAGCAGAUACCUCUGUCUACAGCAUGUGUGACGGGCACUGGCACAGUGCUCGUAGUUAUGAUGACAACUGCAGAGAUGUGGCGCUCAUUGCCCAGUAUCUGUUGGGAGCCAGGGACAUCACUAUGAUCGUCAUGGCUGUCCUCCUGCUGUGUGUGAGCAUCACCUUCGCUACUCUGGGCAUCAAGGCUUUGGGCAACAGGAAGGAGGAAGAGGGUGAUGUAGAGGAUCAGCAGCCACAGAUGAAAGAAGUCCUCCUGCCCAGUCCUGGUGCUUAACACAUGGAAGCUUG